AUGGGAAGAGCACGUAUAGAUAAAUUUCCACGGUUAAAACUGCACGAUUCUACCGCCGAAUGGAAAACCACUAUUAAUACAACAAAUACCUUGUCAAAGCACGAAAAUGUUGGAAAAGCUCGUUCGAAAAGUUUAGUUAAGAUAGAAAGUUGUUUGGAAUGUGAGCGUUGUUUUAG